GAGCUGACUGCUAUCAGUCCUUCCACAAGAGCGUGGGGAAUGGAGUGUUCUCCAGCUCACCCAAGGACAGGGGAUGUUCCCUUCCAUAGUCUGCUAAAUAGCUGGCGCUUCUUCAAGCACUGGCGCCACCGCACAGAUUUUAGACACCAGUGAGCAACCUCUACGCGGGUGUAAUAGAGGGCUUGGAUUCGGCAUUCAGGUUGUUCGUGCUGAUCGCCACUUGUCAAUGUUCCACAGGAACCAUUGGGGUUUAGGGAUGUGGCCAUAGAAUUCUCUCUGGAGGAGUGGCAUUGCCUGGACACUGCACAGCGAAAUCUAUAUUGGGAUGUAAUGUUGGAAAACUACAGAAACCUGGUCUUCCUUGUUAUGCAUUCUCAUUUUGCCCAAGACCUUUGGCCAGAGCAGGGGAUUAAAGAUUCUUUCCAAAAAAUGAUACUGAGAAAAUAUGAAAAAUGUGAACAUGACAAUUUACAGUUAAAUAACAGCUGUGAAUGUGUGAAUGAGUGUCAUAUGCAGCAAGCGGUUUAUAAUGGACUUAACCAAAAUUUGACAAGUACCCAGAGAACAGUAUUUCAAUGUGAUAAAUAUGUGAAAAUCUUUAAUAAGUUUUCAAAUUCCAACAGACAUAAGAUAAGACAUAUUGGAAAAAAAUUUUUCACAUAUAUAGAAUGUGGCAAAGCUAUUAUCCGGUCCUUAACCCUUACUACCCAUAAGAAAAUUCAUACUGAAGAGAAACCGUACAGAUUUGAAGAACGUGGCAAAGUCUUUAAGCAGUCCUCAAACCUUUCUCAACAUAAGAUAAUUCAUACUGCAGAGAAACCCUAUAAAUGGGAAGAAUGUGAAAAAGCCUUUAAGAAGUCUUUUUACGUUACUACACAUAAGAGUAUUCAUACUGGAGAGAAACUCUAUAGAUGUGAGCAAUGUGGCCAAGCUUUUAAGCAAUCGGAAACCCUUAGUGCACAUAAGAGAAUUCACACUGAAGUAAAACCCUACAAAUGUGAAGAAUGUGGCAAAGAGUUUAUGCACUCCUCAAACCUUUCUGCACAUAAGAGAAUUCAUAUUGGAGAGAAACCCUACAGAUGUGAAGAAUCUGGCAAACCUUCUACCCAAUUUGUAAACCUUAGUACACAUAAGAAAGUUCUUACUGGAGAGAAACCCUACAGAUGUGAAGAAUGUGGGAAAGCCUUUAUGAAAUCCUCUAACCUUAGUACACAUAAGAAAAUUCAUACUGGAGAGAAACCCUACAGAUGUGAAGAUUGUGGAAAAGCUUUCAAGCAGGCUGCACACGUUAUUGCACAUAAGAAAAUUCAUACUGGAGAGAAACCCUACAGAUGUGAAGAAUGUGCAAAAGCCUUUACAACUUCCUCUAUCCUGAAGAAACAUAAGAAAAUUCAUACUGGAGAGAAACCCUAUAGAUGUGAAGAAUGUGCGAAAGCCUUUACAACUUCCUCUAUCCUUACGAAACAUAAGAAAACUCAUACUGAAGAGAAACCCUACAAAUGUGAAGACUGUGGAAAAGCUUUCAAGCACACUGCAUACAUUAUUGCACAUAAGAAAAUUCAUACUGGAGAGAAACCCUACAGAUGUGAAGAAUGUGGGAAAGCCUUUACGAAUUCCUCUAACCUUAUUAGACAUAAGAAAAUUCAUACUGGAGAGAAACCCUACAGAUGUGACGAUUGUGGGAAAGCUUUCAAGCGGGCUGCACAUGUCAUUGCACAUAAGAAAAUUCAUACUAGAGAGAAACCCUACAGAUGUGAAGAAUGUGGCAAAGUCUUUAAGAAGUCCUCGAACCUUAUUGCACAUAAGAAAAUUCAUACUGCAGAGAAACCCUACAGAUAUGAAGAAUGUGGCAAAGCUUUUACCAAAUCUGUAAGCCUUAGUACACUUAACGUUUAUACGGGAGAGAAACCCUACAGAUGUGAAGAAUGUGGGAAAGCCUUUAUGAAAUCCUCUAGGCUUAUUAGACAUAAGACAAUUCAUACUGGAGAGAAACCCUACAGAUGUGAAGAAUGUGGGAAAGCCUUUAUGAAAUCCUCUAGGCUUAUUAGACAUAAGACAAUUCAUACUGGAGAGAAAUCCUACAGAUGUGAAGAAUGUGGGAAAGCCUUUACGAAAUCCUCUAGGCUUAUUAGACAUAAGACAAUUCAUACUGGAGAGAAACCAUACAGAUGUGAAGAUUGUGGAAAAGCUUUCAAGCAGGCCAAAAACAUUAUUGCACAUAAGAAACUUCAUACUGGAGAGAAACCCUACAGAUGUGAAGAAUGUGGGAAAGCCUUUUCACGUUCCUCUAACCUUAUUAGACAUAAGAAAAUUCAUACUGGAGAGAAACCCUACAGAUGUGAAGAAUGUGGGAAAGCCUUUUCAGUUUCCUCUAACCUUAUUAGACAUAAGAAAAUUCACGCUGGAGAGAAACCCUACUGAUGUGAAGAUUGUGGAAAAAGCUGUCAAGCAGGCUGCACACGUUAUUGCACAUAAGAAAAUUCAUACUGGAGAGAAACCCUACAGAUGUGAAGAUUGUGGAAAAAGCUGUCAAGCAGGCUGCACACGUUAAUUGCAGAUAAGAAAAUUAAUACUGGAGAGAAACCCUACAGAUGUGAAGAUUGUGGAAAAGCUUUGAAGCGGACUGCACAUGUUAUUGCACAUAAGAGGAUUCAUAGUGAAGAUAAACCUUAGGUGUAAGAAAUGAAGUGUGUGUGUGAAUUGGAGUUUGUACAUAUUUUAAGAAACACAAUUAUUGGAACAAAACACGUUAUUUUAAUUAGGUGACUAAUAGAAAACUAAACACCUUGCAAAUGCUGAAACAAUCUAUUCUUUCUACUUUUUAUUGAAUUUAUUAAUGUAAAAUUUAAUGAAAUAUAUUUCGGAUGCUCCCCAGCACCUGCCUCUUAAAGCACAGGCAACAUUAUCUACAGAAAUAACACUCUGAAGUACAACAAUAAAAGGCCUCUUCAAACAAAGAAAAUUAUUUUUAACACGUAUUUUAAUAAUUUAAGCAAAAUUGAAUUAUUGGAUAUAUUUUUAAUGUUCUAUGUGUGUGUGAAUGUAUAAAAUUGUACAUAAGGAAAAGAUAAGGGAAAGUUAAUAUUUUUAAUGAAUAAAAUGGAAAGUAGUUAUUGUUUGCAGAUUAUAUCUUUGUUUAUGUAGAUAACAACAGUAGCAGAGUCUAUAUUAAAAGUUUGUUCUGGUGGGUUGGCAACAUUCUAUGAUAAUACUCUGGAUUCCCUGUCUGUUGCACACCUGCUGUCUAAUGCUUUCCUCUUGAGUGUAAGAAAAUAUACCGACGGGGUGCAGUAGCUGAAGCCUGUAAUACCAGCACUUUGGGAAGCCGAGGUGGGUGGAUCACAAGGUCAAGAGAUCGAGACCAUCCUGGUCAACAUGGUGAAACCCCGUCUCUACUAAAAAUACAAAAAAAUUAGCUGGGUAUGGUCGUGUGUGCCUGUAAUCCCAGCUACUCAGGAGGCUGAGGCAGGAGAAUUGCCUGAACCCAGGAGGUGGAGGUUGUGGUGAGCCGAGAUCGUGCCAUUGCACUCCAGCCUGGGUAACAAGAGCGAAACUCCGUCUCUAAAAAAAGAAAAGAAAAGAAAAUGUGUGACUGUGCUGGGAAAUCACUCAUGAAAUUAUGUUACUUGCUGGGCUUGGUGGCUCACGCCUGUAAUCCACACAUUUUGGGAGGCUGAGGCAGGUGGAUCAUGAGGUCAAGUGUUCGAAGUCAGCCUGACCAACAUGGUGAAACCCUGUCUCUACUAAAAACAAAAGAAAAAUAGUUGGGUGUGGUGGCAUGCAACUAGAAUCCCAGCUACUCAGCAGGCUGAGGCAGAAGAAUUGCUGGAACCCGGGAGACAGAGGUUUCAGUGAGCUGAGGUCAUGCCUCUUCACACCAGCUUGGGCAACAGAGUAAGAUUCCAUCUCAAAAAAAUUCAAUAAACUUUCUAUCAAAAGUGCUGUGGUAUUUAUUUGACAGUAAUGUAAAAAAAAAUCUAAAAUUUACAUGAAACUAAAAUAAAUUUUGAUUCAGCAAAGCAAUCUUGAGGAAAAAGACAAAGCAGAAGGCUACCAUACUUACGAUGUCAAACUAUAUUUCAAGACUACAUAGUAAUGAAACAGAACAGACUGCAAGAAAUAAACAGAAAAAUGCAACAGGAAGUACUACUCUCACAUUUCAUAACUGAUGCAAAACGAGAACUUAAAAAAUAGUUUUAGUUUCUCCAAAUCAUGCAGAUAUUUGUGUGUCCCCAAAACAAUGGAAAAACAGCCAGAUUGUGCAGUCUGAAUGUCAUGAAGAGGACUUUGGAGUUCACCGUGGACUUGAAGGAAUCCCACUGAAAGAAAAGUAGAAUUUUUAGAGAACUUAAAAACAUAAGAUAGGAGAUGCCUCUUUGUGAGAACAAAAUUAAAAAUAGACAAAAAUCCCAUCUGCCCAGGAAAGAAUCCUUUCGAACAGAGCUUCCCAAAUCUCAUUUUAGGGAUUGGCUUUCUCUUUGAUCUUGGGACCUUUUAUCUUUGUUAUCUGGCAUCUUUCUUUUACUUGCACCACCUGAAGACUUGGCAAUCAUCUCAUGUCUCUUUAUAGUCUAAGGUUUUUUUCCUUGCUCCAGACAGGUGAUUAGUCUGGCUGAAAGACAACAAUACCUGUUAUUGUUUUGUUUUUUUUUUGAGAUGGAGUUUUGCUCUUGUUGCCCAGGCUGGAGUGCAACCGUGCUACCUUGGCUCAAUGCUCCUACUGGCUCCCAAGUUCAAGUGAUUCUCGUGCCACAGCCUCCUGAAUAGCAGGGAUUACAGGCAUGCACCACCAUCUCCAGCUAAUUUUGUAUUUUUAAUAGAGACAGGAUUUCUCCACAUUGGUCAGGCUAGUCUCAAACUCCCUACCUCAGGUUAUCUACCUUGUUUGGACUUUCAAUGUGCUGGGAUUACAGGUGAGAGCCACCACUCCUGUCCAAAAUACUUGUGGUUUUUUGUUUUUUGUUUUUUUUUGAGAUGGAGUUUCACUCUUGUUACCUAUGCUGGAGUGCAAUGGCGCAAUCUCGGCUCACUCCAACCUUCGCCUCCUGGGUUCAGGCAAUUCUCCUGCCUCAGCCUCCCGAGUAGCUGGGAUUACAGGCAUGUGCCACCAUGCCCAGCUAAUUUUUUUU